UAUCAACCCUGAAUUUGAUAACUCUCAAUGGCGAGCUUCAAAGUUUUAUUCUACCUUUCCCUACAAGUUCUGUUCUUGGUUUCGAGUUCCGGGACUCGGUUGUUUCAUCCGUUUUCGACUGCUGAUCCGGCAUUGGAAAUGGAAUCAAAAUCACAGUAUAAGGCUAGUAGUACACUCGAUGAAGUAGAGAUAACUUAUAGACAUUCUGAAUCCAAACAAUUUUCAGGCACAGACCAGUUAGCAUUGGCGGUUGCAGGCAAACAACACCCUAAAGCAACCAUUAUUGAAGCCAAGCGUCCGUUGAUCGAAGAAGGCAGGGAAGCCAUUAAAGCAAGCAUUCAAAGAAAUGCUGGAAUCCCAUUCGAGUCGAAACGACUUAGUCCAGGGGGACCUGACCCUCAUCAUCAUAAAUAAUCAUGCGUUUUGUUAGCAGCCGGUGAUUUGCACCAUCAGAAAAGAGAGA